AUGAUCAUCGACGUGCUCGAGAUAGUUGCAUCUAGUGGUCGCCGGCAUCGCAUUGAGCAUCUUGAGCUUACCUCGCCUGGGGACGCCAAACGGCUUCAAGAGGCUAGCAUCACCGCGUCUAUUCAGGCAGUCCAUGCCGACCCUUCGAUACUGCGAGAGUGGAACAAUUUGCUGGGAGAGGAAAGAAGAGGCCGGGCAUUUACAUAUCGAGAAGUUUUGGACGAGAGGGUGCAUCUGGCGCUCGGUACGUAUGCUCCCACUGCUCCAAAUCUACCUUUGCCAAAUAUGUAUACUGCAACAACUAGACGGUCAGCCAGAGAGCCAUCCUCUGAUGAAGUGGUCAAUAAGUACUUCGCGCUGCCUUUGUUGAAUGCAUUUACUGCGGCCACACACGGAGCGGCGUAUUCAUGCUUCAUGGAUAAUAUCACAGGCAAGCUCGAAGCUGGAAAGAAAGCAGAUUUCAUUGUUCUCGACAUGGAAUGGUCACCAGAUGACUUGCUGCAGGCGAAGGUGCUACAAACGUGGCUCGGCGGGAAAAGAGUCGCACCGUCAUAA